CAACCUCCAACGAUGAAGUUUACGUUGGUAUUCUUAUUUUGCAUUGUCUCUACAACGAUAGGACUCAGUGAGGGCUUCAAAAGGGGAAAUCUCUUCGAAAGUAUUCUUCAAACGAACGAAAAACCUAGCAAUGACGACCCUCUGGAAAAGGACCUUGACCCCGAUUCGGAUUUAGAGAAUGAUGCCGAAAAACAGAGUGUAGAUACAAAGAAUGGAAAAUUCAAACCAAAGAACAUUCAUCCUGAGUUGAAGAAAUAUCUACAAAAUCAGAAAUACGACCACCAUAUUCUGAACUUCCCAAAAGGCCUGCCACACCCGGAAGAAAAACAAAGCACCCCUCUCUCUAAGAGAAAUUUUAAAGAAGACUCUCCAUUAUUGUGGCAAAAUGGAGUUAUUCCAUACGUAAUAGACUAUGCUUCUUUCGAUUCCUCUGAUGCAAGCGGACUGUAUAAUUUAAUCUACUGGGCUGUAGAGAUCAUUCACAAUUCAUCGUGUGUCACAUGGAAGCCGAGGGAGAACGAACAAGAAUAUGUCAGGAUUUUCAAUGGAGAAGAUUGUUCUUCAGUUGUUGGAAAAAGUGGAGAUAUAAGCGAACUAACCUCUGGGCAAACGCUGUCUCUAAACAGCUCAUACUGUCUCUAUCUGGACGUAGUUAUUCACGAAAUGUUACAUGCUAUGGGAGGUGACCAUGAACAAACUAGAGGAGAUAGAAAUAGACAUGUGAAAUUUAAUUGGGAUAAUAUGAUUGAAAAAAAUGCUUAUAACAAUUUCUUACAACCGACAAAGAAUGAUGCCCCUUAUGACCUCUCAUCGAUUAUGCAAUACGGACUUUGGGACUUCAGUAAGAACAAAGAAAAGGUCAUGGAAUUGAUCAACCCUGAUCUGGAGUACCUUGUGACAGAGGGUGGAAAGACCCUGACUAUUUACGAUAUAGCAGAAAUAAACGACGCCUAUCAUUGCACAGCAAGUUGCACCAAUGUGUGUAAAAAUGGCGGUGUUCUUAAACAGUCCAACUCAGUCUGUAGCUGUGCUUGUCCCCCCGGACUUAGAGGGCCAGACUGUUCCCAGUUAGACACUAGUCCAGGUUGCGGUGGAUUCAUCAUCCUGUCAGAGGGACAAACCUCAGCACUAAGUCUUAUUAACUACGUUUCCUCUGGUCUAACCUGUACCUGGUUGGUGAAGGGUACACCUGGAACAAGAAUUAAAGCAAAAAUAAACGCCAUGAAACUGCCUUACAGUUCACAGUACGACUGUUAUCAUUGGCUCGAGUUUAAAGACAAUCUGAUUGGACAAUCUGGAAAAGAGGAAUGUGGGGACGUCGGUGGCGCCGAGUUUGUGAAGAGUCUGUAUGGAGACCCGUCCAUGAUGAUGAUACGAUUCAAUAGUGCCAAGCACAGUGACAAGACACCAGGACUAGGCUUUAAUGUCACAGUGGAAGCAUAUCGCUCAGGUUGCAUCGGUUUUCCUUGCAAAAACGGAGGAAAAUGCACUGAAACUGAAAAUGCUGGUUUUGUUUGCACAUGCGCGGAAGACUGGUCUGGUUCAACCUGUGAUUUUCUCGGAGCUGAUUCAACCAAUGUGUGCACACUAGAUAACGACUUGUACACAUGUGCUUUUAAACAGGACAGAACCGAGUCCCAGUUUCAGUGGGAAAUAUCAUCAAUUUUUCCUGCAAGCACAAAUAACAACCAAGCUUUGAUUUUAUACCCUCUUGGGGAAUAUGAGGUUUGCGACGGAUCGAAGUCAAUACUAACAACUUCGGCUACAUUUGAAGCAAAUAAGAGGUGCUUGUCAUUCAGGUACAUUUUCCCGACCAAUAAUAUAACCGACAAUUUUCCUUCGUCGGUCUCCAUAUUUUACGAAGGGGACGGGCUAGCUAAAACAAAUGCAUUAAUGCUGACCAAGGAGAAUGCUACAGAAGCGUGGGUAGACCAAGAAGUUACCAUUCCAUCUGUUAACAAUCUGAAGUUGACCAUUGAGGGCACGCUAGGAAAUCAAGAGGUUGUUCUAGAUGAUAUAACCAUUAAACCCAAUGGUUGUGGCGAGUCAGUACCGUGCUUUGAUUUCAACCCGUGUAAGAAUGGUACCGAUUGUGUACCAUCUCAUCAGCAAGGACCUCGUUGAGGGUGUUGUAGGAGACGACUGGGCCGGAGACAUCGCUAUGAACGUCUGACCGGCUGUGUCUGUUAAUAGUCGACUUAGAAAUCAUA